AUGUUUAGAAUUGCAACUGUUGGUCGCCGGCCUGCUCAGCUGUUGUCAAGGCGUUCCUUGGCCUCGUCCGUGCUGCUCACCCGUUCCUGGGGCAACGAAACCGUCGUUCAACUUCGCAAGGAAGCAAAGGCACGCGGCUUGUCCUCAAAAGGAACCAAGGCCUUGCUUAUCCAGAGACUAGAGGAAUAUGAAGCCAACUCGAUAAGACAGGCGCCGUCGCCUUCCAAUUCCCGACAAGCGUCGACCGCUGCCACUGCUGCACCCACGGCGUCAAGCAACGAAUCGUCAGCUACUGCUGCUGCAGAGUUUAUGAACAUCAAAAUCCCAGACUUCCACCCUGAACCGGAGCGCGGAGCCCCAGUUCCUUUCCUUCCAGACUACAUCGGAACCGGAGUACCGACUGGACCUGGAGAAAACUUUGUGCCCAAGCUUGUCGUCGUGGCAGGAGCAAACACACAUAUUGGAGGAGGACCAGCUCAUGCCUCUGUUGAUGCCACAGAUCCAGCACCUCUGUCCCAAGUUGCUGGCGGUGCUGAAUCUCAAACUCAAAAACCUGCAGCUGCUUCGACCACGGAAGGUGGCUUGUUCUUCGACAUUGCACAGGACCUCGGUUUGUUGAACCAGGUUCCUGCCCCCAAACCCCGUCCUCAAACUUCGUUCUGGCAGUGGUUCGGAUAGACAUUCUCAUUUAGACAAUGUAUAUACCUCGAUAAUAUACACUAGACUUUCGGUUUUCAA